AUGAAGUUUUUUCCUCUUGGUUAUGUUGCGAAAGCUGGGGUGGCAUUUCAACAAGGAUGGAUAAGGUCACAUUACGUAGGGAGGACAUUUAUAGAGCCUUCACAGAGGAUUCGGGAUUUUGGAGUGAAGCUUGAACUUUCGCCCGUGAGGGCAGUAUUGGAGGGAAUACGAGUUGUGGUGGUGGAUGAUUCAAUUGUGAGAGGAACCACUUCUUCGAAUAUUGUUAGGUUAAUAAAAGAUGCCGGAGCAAAAGAGGUUCACAUGAGAAUUGCAAGUCCUCCGAUCAUAGGGUCUUGUUAUUAUGGAGUGGACACGCCUAGCUCAGAGGAGCUGAUAUCGAAUAGGAUGAGCAUAGAGGAGAUUAGAGAGUUCAUUGGCUCGAAUUCACUUGCAUUUUUGUCAAUCAAUAGCUUAAAGAAGUUAUUGGGCAACGAGUUGCCCAACUUUUGUUAUGCUUGCCUUUCUGGGAAGUACCCUGUCGAACCGAGGGGCAAGGUGAAGAGGGUUGAAGAUUUUCUUGAUGAUGGAUUGAGUGGAAUUCAACUGUUGAAAAUAGGGAAAUAUUGCAUGCUGGAUAGGAGAUCAUUGAACUGA